AUGUCGUUUAUACCCCCGGGCGGUAGGUCGGCGAAAAUAGCCGGUUUAGUAAAGGAGAUGUCGUUGAAACAUUUUGGCAAGGACGUCGAAACAAAGUCGCCUGUAAAUGUUAAGGGCAGUUACCUUAAAGAUUCGCCUAGUCCCUCUGUUAUGGAAACCGCCAGCGACUGUACCGGAAAAGAAACCAAAACGACUAUCUCUAUAGACGACGAGAGUAACAGCAAGUUUGUCCUGAUCGAUUCCGAAGUGAAAAUCAAACCUAACGAGAUGACCGAGCACCAGAAAGAAAACACUGAAAAACGUCGUGAAGAUAUACCGGCCUUGUAUCAAGAUUUAUCCCAAAGUUUGUCUCAAACCUUCGAUUCUACCUCCGACUGUAGCAAGUCGAAUAACGUAGUAAUAAAGAAAGAGAGACCAAAGAGGACGAUAAGAAAAACCAGAAGACGUGAAAAAAGAGAAUACGCCGUUGUGUUUGAAAAUCUAGUGAUGAAUAUUGUUGGUGCGGACGAGAGUUUAGUUCUCUCCCUGCGAAGAGGAAAAGAAAAGAAAAGAAACGAGAAGAAGGAAAACAUAUCGAAGACGGUCUUGAAGAAGGACUUAAAGAAACUUUUACGCAACCCGGAAACAACUGAAGCGAAAGUACCGGCCAAGAGAAAGAGAGGUCGGCCUGCGCAAGCCAAACUGGAAAGUCCUAAAAUCGAGUCUGAUGUGUCUUCUUGUAAUGAGGACGUUGUCAAAGAGGAGAGAUCAAAAGAAGUCCGAGGAGGCCUGCCGGUACGCCAAAAUCGAAAACGAAUACGCCCAGUAGUGCUCCUCUUAGAAAGUCGACCAGGAAAAAGCAUUCCGACACCUAAACUGACAGAAUUUUAUAAAGAAACUAGUGAACAAAAUCGGCUGGAUUCGGAAACAUCGGACAGUACUUUGGCAAAAGAUAACACCAACUUAGAAACUUCCAAGGAAAACCUGAAAAGUGAUAAAGUUGAUCAGAAGAAAAACGACCUUAGAAAACUCGUUCGUCACAAGUCGAAAACGAGAGAAAGUAGCGAGUCGGACGAUUUAAUUGAAAGUUCCCAGGAUUCCUCUACUAAUAUUACAGUUAGAAAAAAAUCGUUUACCAAAAAUAAGAGCGACAAUUUGCAAAUAACACUGGACAGUUUUAUAUCGCCCGCCAAAAACACCGAUACAAGCAAGUUAGUUUUGAAAGAAGACGGUAUUCCACAAGAGGGCGUAGUAAAUGCAAUCCCAGAAGACCAUGAAGCUGCAAAAGAAACAGUAGUACCCGAUCCGAGCGCUAGCGAAGACCUUUUUAUACAUUUGGAGAAGUCUCAGAAUACAGAGCCCAAAAAAAGACCUCGCCGUAAACGAAAAUCUAGCAAAGCAGCUCGUACGCCUGUCUCACAAGAAUCUACUACAGAACCGUCGCAAGAGGAACACUUUAAAACCAGUCCCAAAUCCGAAAAAGAAGAGGAAACUGUACCUGUUUUAGAUACAGAGUGUUUUGUUGAAUUAGACAGCAUAUCUAUUCCGAUUCAGUCUCUCCAAAACGACAUUAUUAAAAGAACGCAAAGUCAGGAGACUGAAACUCAAGGUACCGAAUCUGUGGGUGUUCUAAGCGAAAACAUCGAACUUCAACUGGAUGUUCCCAAAAAUCCCGACCUGACGGAGAAGGAUAAGGAAAUGGCCGAAAUGGAGACUGCCUCCAUGCCUCUGGACAGUUCCAAUGAUGAAACCAAGGUGGCUAAUGUUACGGCGAUCGAAAGGGUGGUUGAGGAAAACGUCUCAGUGUCUGGACUCGAUAAUACAGCGGUUGUUAAUAAUCAAACGGAGGAAACAUUGCAUAAUAGUUCCGUUGUUCACAAUGAUAUGGAUACUAUUCCAGAAACAGAGAUUGUAUGUCACUCAGAAGCAGAGAUUGUAUGUAAUUCUGAACCAGAGACUGUAUGUAAUCCUGAAUCAGAGGCUGUAUGUAAGUUUGAACCGAAGGCUGUAUGUAACUCUGUACCGGAAUCUGUAUGUGACUCUGAACCAGAGGUUAUAUGUAACUCUGAACCAGGGGGUGUUUGUAACUCCGAAGCAGCUGUUACCUCAGAGCAUGAUGAAACUAAUCUGGGAUCUCCCGAUCGAUCGAUAGCAUCAAGCGACACGAAUAUUCCCUCGUCUCCUGUAACAGGAGACACGCCCAAUCGCAAUUCCGAACUACUCAAUAACACCUUAGAUAUAUCUCCCAUAUCGCAGAAAAAUAGCCCGGAAAACGGUAGUUGCGACGACGGGGAAAUCGAGGAAGCGCAACCGAAAAUCGUACCGGUAGCCUUGAAGUUCGAUCACGAAGAUCACGAGAACGAUGGCAAAGAAAAAUCUCCUGAAAAGGGAGACGACGCGCCCGAGAAAAUCGUCCAAACGCACAUGGAAAAUCAGGAUGCAGUUAAAGCGGAUCAGCCGACAACUAGCAGGGACAAUAUAGCCGAGAGAUCUAAUAAAUUUCUAACUGCUCUGAACGGGUCAUCCAGGUUAAUUGCUAAAAGAAAAAUGUUAAAAACUAUGUCACCGUCGGCAUCGCGAAUUAAGAAGCUUAUGUCCAACGUUAUGGCGAACUCGUUUGAAGAAGUUACCACGAAUGUAAGUCAAGACGACAUUUUAACGUUUACCCGAGAAGUUCCCAGUCCGUUAGCAGUACCCAGGAGCAGCAUUUUAAAAAGGAAGCAUUCAGAUACGACAGAUGAUGGUCUAUCACCUUGUCCUAAGCGCAAAAGGGUCAACUUUAGCGAUCCUUGUACCACCGAAAAGAAGAUCUUCAUUAAAGACGACAAUUCGCAUUGCCUAUUUACAUCCACAGAAGACGACGAAGAAGAUAUUGACAGGCAAUUUUUGGCAGUUUUAACAGCCGGUAGCGUUGAAUCGCUCGAGAUCGAAACCGAAUCUAUCCACACAGAAGAAAGUCUUCAGAUUAACAAUCCGCUCAUAUUGUGCGACGAUCGACCGAUUUUUGCCGAUUUGAUCAACUGCGACGCUGACAUCAACGUCAUUGCGCGCAAACUCACCGGACCCAUGUUUUUGAAGGCUCUGUUGAAUAAAUUGAGAAACAAAGGUAUCAACACUAUAGGCGACUUGGCGAGGAAAAGCGAAAUUGAAAUUUCCAAGAUGCCUUUUAAAUCGCCUGGCGUGUCUAACGUAUACAAGGUUUUGGAAAGGUACCACGCUAAGCACUGUAAGGAGAACGCUAAGGUGGAACAGUUGAAUGUAUCAGUUGUUCCAGUUGAAAAUGAAGUAACGACGGUGGUUGAUACCGCACAAAAUGAUUUGGUUAAAGCUGUCGAGAGGGUAAAAUGUGAGGGAACUUCCACCGAGACCAUAUGCACAACGCUAUUCCCUCUGUUGGACCAAAAUGAAAUACUAACUUACACGAAAUCCUAUUACCAACUGGAAGAGAAAAGCGAUCAAAGUGAAAGUAAGAUUGAUCAAGAAUCUCAAACGGCUGCAAACGAUUUGGAACAAGAUGAUCCAGGGACGAGCGAAACUGAACUGAUAAACUCUGAAGAUUAUAAUCCAGUAGAAAAACUAAUUGGUCAGCUAUCAUCAUCCGAGUUUUCCGAAGAGGAACUAGUAAAGAUAUUUGGAGUAGUUACUGAUAAAAUGGCUUCCUUCUCGCCUAAAAGAUUACUUCAGAUAUCUAUUGAAACAUUACAGAAAAUAACUUUCAAAGAUUAGUUUUCUGAAAGUCCAGUUGAAAAUUGUUGUUUGGUUCCAUCAACUUAGAAAGGUGUCUUUUUAUUUUACAGGUUUUCACUUUUUGGUGUUACAACGUUUAUUAAAUGUCAUUAAUUCAUAUUCAUUCUCAUAAUUGCAAAAUUUUUAAUUACACUCAGAUCUAAAAAAUGCGUCAAACUUUAAGCGUUAUACUUUUUUAAUGUUUAGCCCUAUUUUCUAGUCGUAUUGUCAUAUUGACAGUUAUAUUUUGUGUACCAGUUUAGAUUGGAAUGCUCGGCUUGCCGCGAAAACUUAUAAUUGUUUUGGAACGCAUACGUUGUAGGACGCUGCUAUAGCGGUUGCUAAGAACAACCGCAAAAAAGAACAGACACAAUUUUCUCUCAUCAAAGUCGGCAUCUUCAAAAAUUAUAAUUAUUGCACAGGGUGCAGUUUUAAAGUGAGGGUAAAAAACAAUCCUUUCAUUAACCCUGUAAUAAUAAGCCAAAUACUAAAGUUUAUAAAACCAUACUGAGUUUAUAAAUUAAAAAUAAAACUAAAAAUAGGAGUAAAAAUUAAACAAAUAUAAUACUUUAAAUUUAACCGAAACAUUUCCGUUGCGUUUUUUUGCAUCUGAGUGCAGAAAGAAACAUUAUUUUAGUUUUGAACUCAGCAUUGCAUGCAGGAUAUUGAUAUUUUCUUUAGAAGACAUCCCACUCUUAAACCUGAAUAUUUUCCUUGCAGGAAAUAAAAUUUUGGUUCAGUCUCCAGUCUCAUGAAAGGGAUAUGCUACAUUUAAAACUAUUAAUGGAGAGUUAAGCUUCAUUCAGAACCUCGCAAUUAGUGGCGUAAAUUAGGGGUUUCAAUUACACUGUAUACUUUUUAGUUUAGGAUUAUUCACAAUGUUUAAAAAACACAAUUGAAAUGAAUAGAAUAUUCUAGC